CUCCCUGACCCAGAGCUACCUCAUCAGCACCAUGUUCUUUGUCUCUGGCAUCUGUACUCUCUUGCAAGUGCUCUUAGGAGUCAGUCAAUCAUCUUCAUCUUCUUGGUGAACUUCUCCUGGAGCCCUCCGACUUGCUGCAGUCUGGAUCGGUGGCUGCCUAUGCCUGGUGCUCAGCUGUCAUCCUCAGAUGCCUCUUCACCCUCAUGCUGGGAAUGCCCUUCCUGUCAGUUCUCAAGUCUGGAUUUCUUGUUCCCAUAUCUUCCUCUUUCUUUGGUGGACCACAAUUCUCUAGCAGGUUCCAGAGAGAGAGUCCAUGGGAGGCAAAUUUUGUAAGACUUUGUGUAAGUGAAAAUGUGUUGAUUCUUCUCUCACACUUGAUUGAUAGCUUGGCUGAGUAUAGAAUUUUAGGUUGGAAAUAAUGUUCUUUCAGAAUUUUGAAUGUAUUGUUCCAUUGUCUUCUAGCUUCCAAUGUGAUUUUAGGAAGUCCUAAGCCUUAUGUUGCCUUCCUCUUUUUGCUGUAGGAUUUUGUACAGGCCCAAGUUGUGCUGGGUUUUCUGUCUAUUAAACAUUUAACUGGGAGAGGUGUUUCUAGUCACAGUGUCUAACAUACAACAUCAACUAUGAGCAUCCUGUUGCUAAAUCCAGUAGACCUCCUCUUCGUAAUUUUCCAUCCACUGACCCCCACCCUGCUCCUUGGUGAUAAACUUCCACAUUUCUUGUUGUGUUGGAAGUUGAGCCUGAUCUCUCUCCCACCACAAAAUCUCAUUGUAGAGCCCCUUCCCUUGAAUAAAGUCUGCCUCAACGUCUUUAACAAGUGUCAUGAAUAAUAUUUUCUUUAACAGGAGUACAUGAGAACUCAGAGAGAAGAGUUGAGGCUUAAUUUCCUAAUACUUCCAAAAGAUUAGAAGUUCCUAUUUUAUGGGCCAAAAUGGGACUACAAAGAGAAGAGAAAAAUGUCACAGCUAAUCUUUAGCAUAAAAGUUUCAAGUAGAUUGUUCUUAAUGCAAAUUCUGUUUUCAGUUGUCCUUAUAACAAACACACUAUUGCAAUUUGUCCCCAUGACUCACUUUCUGAUCAGGGUUCCCCACUUCCCAGCUGAACCCUGACACUGGCUUUCCCUUGGCAUCAGUUUCCUCAUACACAGACAGUGCAGUGACAUCCUAUCCAAUCUGAAGUACUCUUGAGAUGUCAAAAUGAAAGUGUUGUGUAGUUUUUAAAUACUGUAUAAACUUAGAUGUUAAUAAGCCCCAGGGACACAUUUCUGUGGCUUUGCCAAUGUAAAAACCAAUCCUAUCAGAAUUUUAGGAUACAUUCCUGAGGCUGCAGAUUUUGACAUUUUACCUCUUUUUAGAAAACUUACAAGUCACUGUUGUAAAGGAAAAUGGUUGGGAGUUUUCUCUUGUUUGUACGUAAGCAGACAGAUGAGAUGGUGAAGGGUGGAGAGAGGAGGAGGAUGGACAGAGAGAGUCUGCCCAUGUUUCUAUGGGAUGUUGUCAGGGUGGCAGUGGAGAUUUGCACCCAGACUCAAUCCAUCUGAGCCCAGACUGGCUUUCUCUGUAAUGGCUCAUGAGGCCGGCUGUGUGUGAGAUGGGGUAGGGAGAGGGAGAACGAAUAAGUGGAAAAUGAAAUUGGAAGGUCUGAGUAUAGAGUGCAAGUCAGGUCCUUACUGUAUCAUAUCUGUAAGUCCCUGUAAACCCUACUUGGAACAAGAUGAAGUGUAAAUCAAUAGCUAAAGUUAAUACAUAUUAUGUCGGGACUUGUGGAACAUUAUUAGAGCACUUCCUUCAAAUAAAAUCUAACAAAAACAAACAAAAAAAGAGACAGAGACAGUGAGAGAGAGACAAAGAGAGGAUCUGAAAUCAAUUCAACAACUAGAAUGAUAAACUUCAAAAUAAUUAGUAGAUCCAAUAAAAGCAACUCUACCCCAAUUGACACAUGUUGUGACACCAUGUGAAGAGAGCUGUGAAUCAGAUAUUGACCCUUAAAUGUUAACGUGAGCCCCUCAAGUUGACAAAUACGGUCUACUUUAAGAACUAGAACAGAAGAAAUAACACAGAGGAGUAAAGUGAAAGCUGUGAAGCGCUGUGCAGGUAAGGCCGUGCUACCUGAGGGGCUGAGUGGAUGCCACAGAGCAAGGGGUCAUUGAUGCAGAGAUGCAGCCUUGGACCAGCCCAAGCACCUGGAGUCCAACAACACAAAAGAAAAUAAGGAUCAUCGAAGACAAAUCUUAGAGAACCAACCUGCAAGAAAUGGGAAUGCCAAAACAACGGUAAAACACAGGCUCACACAAUAACAUCUGCUAUUUAGAAGAAAUGUUGAGAAAAUGUCCUGAUCUGCACUACCUACUCACAAAGUACCCACACAUUUCAGAGGGAAUAAUAAUCACAAUUACUGCUACUUAGUGAGCUCUGCUGUGCCCCAGGCAUUGGGCUAAACAUUUACAAAUUUUUUUUCUUCACAGCUACUCCUUGGGGAGAGUACUGUUAUCUUUAUUUUAUCAAAGAGGACACAGGCUUUCAGGAGUUGGGCAACAUGCCUGGGUCACACACUGAUAAAGUAGAGCCAGAUUCAAACUCUCCUUUGGUCCACACCAUGUUCUUAAUCAGUGUCACAGGGCAGUGAUGAUGAGUGAGGAGACCCAAGCACUCACCCUGGUUAACUCUGUGAACUUGGGCCCCAGAUUCCCCAUCUAUAAAAUGACAAGGCCAGGUUGGAUACAUUUCACAGGUUCUUCUAGUUCUAAGAUGCUGAGUUUUUUAAUCAAAUAUCUGUGGUUUACAAGAGAGAUAUUUAAGUCAGAAGGCAUAUGUAUAAUAACAGUGAAUUAUACUUAUGGGCAAAUUUUUAAAAGAAGAAGUUGCCAUCAUGGUAGCAGAUAAAAUUAAUAUGAAAUUUAAAAGAGCAGUGAGAUACACAUUAAGGUCAUCAUAAAAGGUAAGAGAUAUGCUGAACAAUGAAAGUGUAGUAACAAUACUGAGUGUAUAUAUACCAAACAGGCACCAGGAAAGUGUACAAUGGAAAACCUAGCAGAAACGCAAUUAGUACACAGAGAUCUGUCUAUCUAUCUAUCUAUCAAUCAAUUAUCUCUCUGUAUAUCUAUCCAUCUAUCUACAUAUCAAAGGGUACCGAUAAGAAGUUAUGGGAAAGAAAUGGGAAUGCUAACAAAAUGAGGUGAGGAGAGAGAGAAGAAUGAAUGGAAAAUGGAGUUAGAAAGUCUGAGUAUUGAAGAAUGAGGGAAGAAUUUAUUGAUAUACUGUGUGAACCUAAAGGUUGGACGCGAUAAUACACUUAAGCAAAUAAAUGGAGAAAAAUUCGUCUUGAACAUAAAAGGUAUUUAGCAAUUACAAAAAGGCAGAAAGCCCAUAUCAUAUUAUCCCAACUACAUGCAAUAAUCUUGAAAGAAAAUAACAUGAACAGAGUUAGAAAAGUGCUCAGCUACUUGAAAAUUUUGAAAUACUCCCUUAAAUAAUUUCUGAGUUAGGGGUGAAUUCCUGCAUAGAAUAACAGAAAACACUUUUUAAAAUGAAAAUGAAGUUCACUAUCAUAAAUAAAGAAUUACUAUAAAUACAUUUUGACAGUGUCCAACUUCUAUGUAAUGGAUAGACAGCUUAUAGUAAGGAAAACAGACAUGAAGUCACAUGAAUGAGUGCACAUCUCUUAUGACUUAAUGAAAUGCAAAUUAACAUUUGUUAGGGUUUCAUUACAUGCCUAUUAAACUAAAAAAAAAUAAAUGAUAAAACCCAGUGUUGGCAGGUUGUUUUGUGGCACCAGGCUCAGUUCUGGAGGGAUGGAAAAGAAAAAUACUGAAUCCCAGCCCUCAUGGAACCCAGUAAUACCGAAAUGGCUGAGGCAGUGGAGGCACACUAAUGUGGUGGGGUGUGUGUAAGCCUCCCUGAAAGUGCUUGCUAAGGUGUUCAAAGCAAUCCCUGAGAGUCAGUUCCUAUACAUGAUUGGUUAGCAUGAGGGUUAACAGAAAUGUAUAACUAGAACAGCAGUGGGAGCUGUGUCUCCCUCACCCUCAUAUCCCCAAUACCUGGCACCCGGUGCCUGCCACAUAGCACGUCCUCAAAGAACAUUUGUUGAAUGAAUGAAAUGUGCAUAGAGAAUUACAGCAAAAAAUUAAAACACAAGUUCUCUAUUAUGUACUCUCUGGUUAUACCUUUAUAUAAAGAUAUCUAUGUUCAUUUUAAAAGUCAAAAGGAAGUUUGCAGUGAUCCAAGUAUAGUGUGUUUUCCUUCUCUGCUGUGAUACAAUACUUAGAUUCAUAAUUUUUAAAUUAAAAAAGUUGUUCACACAUACUCAUACCACCUCCCGUGUGUUCCUGCCCUGUGUGUGCAAUGUAUUCCCUUCUAUUUUGGAGCAUUAUGGGUCUAGAUUUAUGCAUCUAGAUCAGUUGUUCUCAACCCUGGCUGCAAAUUGGAAUCACCCAGAGCUUUAUGCACUCACUCUGCCGGGGCGCACUCCUAGACAAGCCCGUUAACUUGUCUGAGGGUGAUGCCCAGGCAUCGCUGAUUCCAAUGUUCAGCCAGGAUUCAAGGGCCACUUAGGUAGCAAAAUUCUUUCAUACACUUUAUAUUUUAUUACAUAAAAUGUGUUCAGUCAUUCUCCAGAAUAAUCCUUUAAGCUUCAUGUAAUCCUGAGUUCAAAAAUACCCAACUAGUAUUAUUAAGAAAAAGUACCUGACCAGGGUGGGCCAUACUGACAAAUGCAAUCAAGAAGCUGGAGCCCUUCCCUUCUAGCCUCACUCCUCCAAAUUUUAGCAUCCAGGGAGGGCAGAUUUGAUAGCUUCUGACCCUCUCCUAAGGGAGGGUUGUUGGAGGUUGAGUUGUCAGGCUGUGUUCACCUUGAAGGGAGGACAAGUCUGGGAGGCACUUCUAGAAGUUCUCACAGAGGCCAGAGUGAGAUACCAACCAGGAGUGAGAAGGGUCUGGAUGGGGGCCACAUCCUGAUAACUGACCUCAGUCCUCUUCUGUCCAUGUGAUCAAAAUGAGCCUGAAGGUGGAGGUCUGUGUCUGCUGUUCAGUUUUGAAGACAUAGAGGAGUCUGUCAACCCAGACUCUAGGCUGUGCAUCUCUUGUCAGUGGGGGAACUCCACAUGUGUGACCUUUGCUUCGAUCCUGGGUCCAGGGAAGAUUCUCUGGGACUGGGGCUGCCCAUUCUCCAGGGAGGGACAUUUGCUUUUGUGGCGCCCUCCCUGGCCAUGCUGUCCCUUCCUGCCUGGAAAUGCCCUGAGUGGACACUCAAUGCCAGCCAGGUGAACACCAGCUCUCCUGAAUUCACCGAGGAAUGGCAGAAGAGGAUCCGAGAGUUGCAGGGCGUCAUCAUGGUCGCUUCCUGUGUCCAGAUUCUAGUGGGCUUCUCAGGCCUCAUUGGUUUUCUCAUGCGCUUCAUUGGCCCCUUGACCAUUGCUCCGACCAUCUCCCUGAUGGCCCUGCCUCUCUUUCAUUCCGCGGGAAAUGACGCUGGGACCCACUGGGGGAUUGCUGCCGUGACCAUCUUCCUCAUCGUGCUCUUUUCUCAGUACCUGAAAAAUGUCGCGGUGCCCAUGCCCAUUUAUGGACGAGAGAAGAAGCUUCACACCUCUAAGUUCUACCUGUUUCAGGUCUUCCCUGUGCUGCUGGCGCUCUGCAUCUCAUGGCUCCUCUGCUUCGUGCUCACAGUCACAAAUGCCCUCCCUGCAGCCCCCACAGCCUAUGGGUACCAGGCCCGCACCGACACCAAAGCCAACGUCCUCAGCCAGGCACCUUGGUUUCGCUUCCCUUACCCAGGACAGUGGGGCCUGCCCACCAUCAGCCCGGCUGGUGUCUUUGGGAUCACGGCAGGAGUGAUCUCCUCGAUAGUGGAGUCAAUAGGCGAUUAUUAUGCCUGCGCCCGGCUGGUGGGGGCUCCACCCCCUCCGAAGCACGCCAUCAACCGUGGCAUUGGCAUUGAGGGCCUUGGCUGUCUUCUGGCAGGGGCGUGGGGGUCAGGGAACGGCACCACCUCCUACAGCCAGAAUAUUGCGGCACUGAGUAUCACAAGGGUGGGGAGCAGAAUGGUGAUUGUUGCUGCAGGCUGUGUGCUGCUCGUGAUGGGAGUAUUUGGGAAGAUUGGGGCUGCAUUUGCAACUAUCCCAACACCUGUUAUUGGAGGCAUGUUCCUGGUGAUGUUCGGGAUCAUCGCUGCCGUGGGGAUUUCCAAUCUGCAGUACGUGGACAUGAACUCGUCCAGGAACAUUUUUGUCUUUGGCUUCUCCAUCUUCUGUGGGCUUGCCGUUCCCAACUGGGUGAACAAGAACCCUGAAAUGCUCCACACAGGGAUUCUCCAACUGGACCAGGUCUUCCAGGUGCUACUGACCACGGACAUGUUUGUAGGUGGAUUUCUGGGCUUUCUACUGGACAACACCAUCCCAGCAUGUACCGAGACUACAAAAAGCAGAAAGACAUGCCCCUGCCUCCCAGAGACCCAAGGAAGUCCGGAGGAGAGAGGCCUCCUGACAUGGAGUCAAAUCCAUGAGGAGUCUGAGGAGACUAUGAAGGCAUCAGAGAUCUACAGCCUCCCCUGUGGGAUUGGCACGAAGUUCUGCACUUCCUCCUAUACCCGGUACCUCCCCUUCUGGCCCAGACCAGAACAUCAUGGGAAAGGUGAGGUGGGAGCGUGCCAGCUUACCCUCUGCUCCCAGGAUUCCUCAGGAGAGUGCCUGAAGGGUGCCACAGAAACCACGAUGUAAGGAGAACUCUCUGCA